AUGAGGCGUGCGGUAGCGGGGCUGAUUAUUGCUUUCGUAAUCAUGCAUGUGCUCUUUUUCGUACUCAAAUAUUACGUCACCGGUGUCCCGUAUGCACUGGCUGCUCGCGUGCACAUCCUUGCGAUGCAGCAGUUUAUCAUGAUUUGUGGAACAGCGUUCAUCUGGUGCCAACUGUCGCCGGCCAUCGAUUUUUUUUUGACCGGUUCGUUGCAACCGGAGCGUACACGAGCAAUUUGCGCACAGGAUGUCGCUAGGGCACUUUUAAUUCUUAUGCUGGUUUUCACGCAUCUUUGCUCGCUCUUUUACUAUAUUUGGGUUGGCGCGGAGCCGAAUGUGUUAGCUGUGAUUUCGCUCACAUCCGUGGCCAUCUAUAUUCAUGUGAUCUUCUUCCUGCUUCUUUUUCUAUUGAUCCAGGCAAUCUGUCACAUAGCACUUCGCAUUGAUGAUUCCCGUUUCGACUUUGUCAGGCCGUUGAUCAUGAACGAGCUUUUGCACCGUAUUUUCGCUGUUGCACUGGCAAUUGCAUUCGUGGUCGCUGGACUUUGGGUCACUUCAUUACCACCGGUCAUCUAUCGUGUCACCGUUCCAAUCAAAAAUUUGCCACAGGCCCAGGAAGGUUUCCGAAUAGCUCUCUUAUCAGAUCUCCAUAUCGGGCCAACUGUUGGCCGGGCAAAAGUCGAGAGAACAGUAGCCAUUACAAAUGCACUGAAGCCAGAUUUGAUAGCUAUUGCCGGUGAUCUUGCGGAUGGCUUUGUUCAACAUUUGUACGGAGCAGCCCUUCCUCUGCGAAACCUGUCAUCUAAACACGGGACAUAUUUUGCUACGGGUAUCGUUCGAGGACAUGCAAUGGACUACAAAAAAGCGCUUCGAGGUUGCCGCAGAAAUGACACAAUCAUUAUAUUAAUGCAUCAGCCAAAUGCAGCCCGUAUGCUCCUGAAUGAUGUUGAAACUGCUGAGGACGUUGAUCUCAUUCUUUCAGGUCAGUGA